AUGGACGCUAAGGAUUCCUUCUCCGGGGGUUAUGAGCAAGCACUGCCUGUGCUAUCACGAUCCCCCGCGACUGCGCCUUGGCCCGCCACCCACGAUAAUUCUCAACCUGAUCCUCUUACCGUCCUUCCGACUACGAGUACGAGUACUCUUCCCCCAGCUGAGCCCUUGCCGAUCAGUCCGGCCGCGCCGCCCGCGUCUCAACCGUCGGAUCCACAAUCAUCGCAAGCCGCGCCGUCGGAAAAGACAGAGCGCAAUGCGCCUGCUAAGGUCCGCAAGCCUCGCAGGGCUGCAAAUGCAUCCGCGGGGAAGUCGACGCUGUUCUGGGUCCAUACGGACCCGGAGUCAGCGUCGGGGGGCACGAAGGAGGAGACGUUGAAGCGGAUUCGGUCUCACGUCAUGUCAGAACACAAUCGGAAAAAGCGUCUGGAAAGCACCAAGCGGUAUAAGGGCAAAUCUUGGAAGCAUCUUUCCUUCCAAACCCCCGAGACAGUACCCGGUACCAUAGGGCCGUCCCCUCCUCCACCCUCGUCGUCGUCUUCGUCCUCGCAUGGCUCCCAGUUUAUCGACGAGUCAGAUACAAAGCAGGAAUUGACACCGGAGACCACUCCUCCUAUCGACUACUAUGCAAAUGCAUCGCAGCAAGGGUGGUUUAAUGACGAAGUAGUGGAAUACCAAGACCAAUCGACCUCGCUUGCAACAUGGUCGGUGCUAGGGUCAGGCGCCCAUGAUCCAUUCAAUACCGGACACACGCAGCUCACAGAUCGAAUGUUGCGACAUUUGCAAAAUUUCCUUUGGGAUCUAACACAAGAAGCACAUCCAUUACAAACCCGAUAUAAGCCCAAAUUGCAGGCGCACUGGGCAUCACUGAUCCAGCGCGAUCCCGCUGUCCUGCACGCCUCAAUAUGCACACGCAGCGACUUGGUGGUGGACACUUUUCAUCACCGCGGUGAAACUAUUCGAUUGGUGAAUGAGGGAUUGUCGGAUCCCGUCAAGGCCUCAAGUGACGAGCUGAUUGCUGCGGUCUCUGCUCUUCUGACGAUCGAGAUCGCAUCGGGAAAUCCCGAUUAUCUCAAAAUUCACCUGGCGGGCUUGCGACAAAUGAUCGGACUGCGUAAGAACUUUGCGGAUGUCCCACCUGAUGUCCGCUUCCAGAUAUCAUGGACGGAUAUUCGAGUCGCCUGUAUGGCAAUGACAAGACCAAUAUUUCCUUUUGUCCGAUCAAGUCGACCGAUGGGGCUCACCCUCUCGCCGCCUAAUGAUGAUAUCGCUUUGCUCGCCACCCGCCUCCUCCCCCUGGUCAAAAUCCCAGGAAUUUUUAGUGAUGUAUUUGCCAAAAUCAUCUAUGACCUUCUCGAACUCACCUGGUAUGCGGAAUGGAUCAAGGGAAGCACUGGAUACAAAAAUUUCAACGAAGAGACCGAGGACUACUUCAAUUUUGAAGUGGUGUAUGUGGAGUACGCACUCCAUUCAGACCGGUACACACCCACUGGCCAAGCCAAGGGCGAUAAUUCCAUGGAGGGCUGUGUUCGCCUAGCCUGCCUGUGUUUCCACAACAGUGCAAUCUGGACUUUCUAUCCAAUGAUCGCACCGCUGCUACCAAAACCCAUCACUGCCCUCCGUGCGGCGCUGGAAGCCACCAUCCCAUCCGGCGUCUUUGCCCUCUGUCGCGAUCUGCUGAUAUGGCUACUCUUCAUUGGUGCGGCAUGCAGCCAAGUGAUGCCGUCGGAACGCGCAUUUUUUGUUUCGGAGCUCGCAACGGCUUGCCGUCUACAUGGCGUGACGUCUUGGCAGGAAGCCCGGUCCAUUCUCCUGGGUUUCUUCUACGUCGAUCGUGCCCACCUUCAUAUGCUACGUCAGAUAUGGCAGGAGGUUCAGCUACAGUCGGAUCUCUCGGCUGCGCGAUGA